GCGCAACUGACACGCCCGUCAGCCAUCGGGGACGGCAUUGAACACAGAGCCUCCCAGGCUAGCCAGUCCCGAGUUGUCGAGAAGUCUGAAGGGGGGCUGUGUCACGACUGUCGACGCCUGCUAGGUCCUGUCUUCCUAUGAUUUCUCUUACUCAUGCUGGUGAUUCGGCAACAUGCUCGUUGUUACCCAAUGGCAGUCGCCUGACUUGUUGCAAUUCCUAGGCUGGAGAACCCAGUUAUCUCAACGCGGUGCUUGAGUCGAACCGUCAGAUCCAGCAGCAGGACGACAGGUUACUGGACCGGUCAAUCACAAGGACUUCACUCGGAGCGUUGAUAGUAUUCGGGCAACGGCGAACCUUUACGCCACGGAGAAUACUUCUACCAGCUCGCUCACUAUACUGCUUUUUCAGCAGGACUCCAAGGUCGACCUACAGACCGAGACUGUCCAGCAAUGUACCACCUCCGCCGCCGCCUGCUCACGCUACUCGCGGUCCUCAGCACCCUGGUGUUCCUGCUGUGGUUCCUCCCGCGGGCGCUCAACCCCGUCAAGCCGAGCCGCGAGAGGCAGGAGGCCGACCGGCGGUGGGUGGACACCUCGCCGUCCUGGCUGGACCGGCAGGCGUGCCGCUGGCUCGCCCUGUGUGGCAUCGCGCACGUGCGGAGCGAUCCCCCUGAGGGGCGACGCAAGGUUGCUUUCGGCAGCGGCAGCGGCAGCACCGAGAGUCCGCGUGUCUGGAGCGGGUGGGAUGAUGAUCGGGUAGAGUUGCGACGACGGGAGGGAGUGCAGGACCAGGCACCAGGGCGAGCGAGUGUAGAACAAGACAGGGAGGAGGAGGAGGACGGCACCUGGUUGCGAGCCAACGAGCCGGGAACGUCAGCAUCGUCGGCAUCGUCACCGCCGCCGACGAGGAACCACAGCUCCGUCCCGAUGCGUGCCAUACCGCAGUAUGUUCUGGACCACGCGCCCCUCGUGCAUCUUUACUCGGGCGAGCAGUUCUGGCCAUCCGACAUUGCCGAGCACCUGCGGCAUAUGAUCCCGCGCAGAGGCGGUGGCUCGGGAUCGGAUGAGCCCAUCGACCUGCCUGAACCGCCGAGUCUGGACCGUCUGGCCGAACAACUGAAUCCGUAUCUGCGCGAUGGACUUGGCGGAGGCGUGUUCUUGUCAAGUGAGGUAGAUGUCGAGGACCGGCCCGGCUGGCUACACAGCAGGGACAAUGUACCUGUCGGUUCUUGGAGUGGUGACUUGGAAAAAGCAGAGCGGCAACGAUUUGUUGGUGAGAAUGACCCAUUGAUCGAAGACGACGGUAUAGGCUAUCCCGCCGAGAGUACGACGUGGUUCGACGUCGACAAGGCCCAUCCGUUGAACCGGAUAUCCGACCCUCGUCAGAAACCUGAAGGCCGCCUCGGCGGCGGCAAGGACGGUCUGCACGUGGCAAAGAGACAGGCUAGGGAUCUCAUGCCGUCGAGACGGAAACGUUCCAGGGUUUUUCGACCAGACUACACUCCUCUAGUAACUCUGGCACCAGGUUCCGAUGGCCUCACAGAUCCGCCACUGGGCAUCCUCCAGCAACCGCACAACAAGCCCGACAACGGCACGGGCUACUCCCGCGCCCCUGCGACGCUGAUACUCGUGGACAAAGGGCAUGGGGUGCUCGACGCAUACUGGUUCUUCCAUUAUUCUUACAACCUGGGCCAGACGGUGCUGGGCGUGCGCUACGGCAACCAUGUGGGCGACUGGGAGCACGCCAUGGUGCGCUUCGAGAGCGGCGUCCCGCGUGCCGUGUACCUGAGCGAGCACGAGGGCGGGCAGGCGUACGCAUGGGCGGCCGUGGAGAAAAAGUACGAGGCUCAUGGCAGAAGCAACGCCACACACAGCCACGAACGCAGUGGAGUUGAAGGAGACGAAUCUUCACCGUCGUCAUUAGUCCCAAUGGUCCAGUCCGGGGCAAAAUUCAGAGGACCUGCAAGACCAGUGAUAUACAGCGCCGUGGGCAGCCACGCAAUGUACGCCACGCCGGGGGACCAUCCGUACGUGCUGCCGUUCAAGAUGCUGCGCGACGUCACGGACCGCGGCCCGCUAUGGGAUCCGGCGCAGAACUUUCGCUCGUACUGGUACGACUAUACCUAUACCGCUGCCGCUGACGCUCCCCUUUCCGCGGACCAGGCCGUCCCGCCCUCCAAAGAUGGGACAAACGUCGAGCUCGGCAGUACUUCCACUGGUAGUAGUGUUGGUGGUGGUGAUCGUGGCCUCGUCCCGACGGCCGAGAAUCCCGACGCCCCGACGAGCUGGUUCCACUACGAGGGCCAGUGGGGGGACGAUACCCUCAGGCUCGGCGACGAGAGGCAGUACCGCUUGUUUGGGCAGUACCACUACGUCGCGGGGCCGCAGGGGCCCAAGGCCAAGAACCUGGGCCGGUCAAAGGUGUGCCAGUCCAGCGGCAGCAACGACGCGAGCGGGCGGCCGAGGCCGUGUAGGAUGAUAUACAGCCUCGAGGAGGGGCGGAGGCGCAGCUGGCAUUCUUGAACACCGGGAGUGAGAGAGAGAGAGAGAGAGAGCGGCAUGGUAAUUGGGAUAAACUAGGAUCUGCGGGCAUAUCUGACGUGGGAGGACACAUAGAUGACCUAGUAUAGCAUAGAUCAUCAAUACAGUGUCGGCCAUGAGAACACGGGG